AUGUAUCCAUCCCCUGAGAAUGGAAGCCUUGUUGGAGACGCAAGUGGCCAUUGGGAGCUGCUCUUUAGCCCAUCCCUUGGCCGAUUGGACCAGUACAUCUUCGUCCUCCGUGGCCGCCAAUAUCUCGACCACCGUGUUGAGGAGACUGCCCAGGGCCUCUUGGGCAAACCGGUCACCCGGCCGCAGUAUUCCCCUCCAUACUACAACUCCCCCGCCUCCUUCGAGAAGACGCUGUCGACUCUCUCCACGAAGAUCACCCAGUCCACCGCACGACUCGAUCAGCAGCGCCAGACCUCCCGACGCUUCAAAGCACUAUGGACGUUGUAUUCAAUUUUUGCGUACAUACUGUACUCGAUUAUCCUGGCCCUCGUCCUUGGUUGGGAGAGCUGGUCCAUUAAGGAAUAUGCGGCAGUCACAGGCGGGCCUGUUCUGUAUGGUCCUUUCCUCCCCCACCUUCAGAACAAAUUCAGCGGUGCUAAUGAGGUAUGGAUGGGCAGGAUCUAUCUAGUUCGGUCUUUAGGCGGCCGCUUUUUUGACUAUCGCAUUUCGAGAUCCCAAAAAGGCUUGGACGACUUGCAAAAGCAACGCGACGAAACCAUCGAAAAGCUCAAGGUCGCGACCAAAUAUAACUCCACACAGCAGUUACUCGAGAAAUAUGGCGGCGGAUCCCCUGAACAAUCACCAAGCCCCAAGCCGAAAUCCCAGGAUGCCCAAUCAAAGCCGCCCAACCGCCAACAGCCACCUGUCGGCCGGACAGGACUUCCACCCCCACCCACCGCCAACAUUGUCCGCAAUCCUGUCCAACCGCCUCGUCCCGAAAUCUAUGAUGCGCCGCCUUCACCAAAUCCUCCUUCGCAGCAACAGCCCUCGUCAAAUCCCCCUCCUUCCCCUCCGUCUCCGCAGACCCUAGUCGAUGAGCCGGGCUUCGCGCCAAAUGCAUUUUCCACCGGGGCCCAGUACAUCGAACAGCCACAUUGGUACGACCGACUCUUGGACGUUUUGCUUGGCGAAGAUGAGAUGCAGCCCCGCAACCGCAUGGCUAUGAUCUGCUCAUCUUGCCGGCUGGUCAAUGGUCAAGCCCCUCCUGGAAUCAAGACGCCCGAAGAGCUGGGCCGCUGGCGGUGUGGUAGCUGCGGUGCGUGGAACGGGGAGGAGAGCGAAGCCACUCAGAUCCUGUCAAGCUUGCGCCAGAAUCCAGGGCGCCCUGAGGGCACAUGGGAAUCCCAGGCACACGCGGAGACGUCGCCUGAACAGCACGUGCGGGAUGAAGCAGCGGAUGCAGCUACAGAGGAGGUCAAGGUAGAGCCUGAAUCAGAUCCAGAGACUGGGGAGGCUGAUGAGGCCAAGCAAGAGCCUGUACGGAGAUCUGCCCGCGGCAAAGCAGCGCAGUAG